AUAAGAAUUUGAUUCUUCUUUGCAGGGUUUGUGAUUAUUUAGUUGGGAAAAAAAAAGUACCCUAUUGGAACAAACCAGAGAAAUAAAAUUGAAAAGGUGUUUCAUGUCUUGCUAUCAAAUGAGAUAGAGAUCUAACAUUUGUCACAAAUGUUAUGCUACAAUAAACAAUGUCAUCAAAAGAAUGGCAUCGACAACACUUCUUUUAAAUAUGAACUGGAAACCUCAUUCUGAUGAAUGCUAUUGAUGCCAACAGACAGAAAACAACUUUUACAGUAGCAUCAUUGCUAUCAUUAUUGACAUCAUCAUCAUCGUAUUUAUUUAACAGCAACAUUUCUGAUAUUUUCAAUCUAACUGCAGGUAAUGAUUCCUAGAAUAAUUGAAGAUGCUGCACUACAUAUUCUUAAGCAAAAGAUGGCUAAAGAUGGUGGAAAAGUAGUUGAGUUCAAAAGUGGAGGAUCUUGACCAGUUGUGUUUUCGCUCACUCCAAAGGCUCAUGUAAGCAGUAACGAAGCAUCAAAAACAACUAUAAUAGUCAAAAAUUCUUCAAUUAAAAAACACAUGGAGGUUAUGUCUGGUACAUCAAAUGAUGCAAUAUGCUGCCAAUCAUCAAAGCUGCUAAAAUCAUUUCAAACAGAGACAAAGGGUUUGAUAUUGGAUAAUUUAUAUACUGAAGCAGUAGUAAUUACUGCAAAUAACAUGGAGGCAAUGAAAGCAGAUUUGUGCAUACCUUGGGAAAAGCUUAAAACAAUAUCAAAGUGGCUGAAGAGCUUUAAUAUAAAUACAGCAUCAUAUUCUUCACAUAGAUUAGUUGCUGAAAAAUUAUCUGGUGAUUACUUAAUUAUAGAAAAUGCACCAUUUACUUUUGAAAAAGAAGAGAAAGGAAUAUUUAAAAUAAAAUACGUAUCUUGGGGCUAUAUUGAAAAUUUACCAAUGCAUAUAUUAAGACAUCUUGAUCAAUUAGAAAGUUGUAAAGGACUUCAUUGCCAUAAUUUUUUUCCUGAUAAAGAAAUACAAAUUAAAAUCGGAUGUGAUUAUGGUGGGGGCAGUUUUAAAAUGACUUAUCAGGUUGCAAAUACCUUGAACCCAAAUAGCAAAGACAACACUAUAGUUUUUUGCAUCUUCGAGGCGAAGGAUUUCAGAAUCAAUAUAAAAGUAGCCAUGUCGAGGUUUGAAAAGCAAAUAGAAGAUCUUCAAAAAAUGAACUAUAAGGAUAACAGUAUUAGAGUAUUUGUUUUCGGAGACUAUGAGUUUUUAUGUGCACUCUACAGAAUUUCAGGAGCUACAGGGAGGCAUCGUUGUCUUUUCUGUUAUGCGACAGCAAGUGAAAUGAAAUGUGGUAAACAUGAAAAUCCUGAAAUAAAAGAUCGUACCUUGGAAGAUCUAUUUUCUGAUCAUAAAAAAUUUAUAGAAAGUGGAGGCUUAAAGAAAAAUGUUAAGAAUUUUAAUAAUGUCAUUGAAGAACCAAUUUUGAAAAUACCCCUUGAUCAAGUAUCUUUACCUAGUCUCCACAUGGCUCUUGGUAUUUAUUUGAAUUUUUUUAAUUUGUUUGAAGAAGAAGUGCAUCAGCUGGAUAUUUUAAUUGCUGCAGAAACAUUAAAAAGCAACAUUAAUUUUUCAGAAGAAUAUACAGUUUUGUAUCAAAACAAAAACAGCUGUUAAAUCUUCAAGCUGAAAAUGUUAGCAGCUGUUAACAAUUCUGAUAGUUUUGAAAAUAUUCAAUCUCUAUACUUCACAGAAAUUGAGUUGCUUAAUAGUGAAAAAGCAAAAAAGGUUUAACAAUAUUGAUUUUUUAUUAUUAUGAUUUAUUGAUUUGGUAUUAUUAUGUUUAGAGGUUUAUGUAAAAGGGUAUUUGUGUUUGUAAAUAGAAUAAAGUUUUAAAGGUGUAAACUGGUUAAAACAAAAAAGUUUUGCAAACAUCUAUAUGCUGGAAACUAAUUUUAGAAUGCUUUUACAUCAACAAGUGUGAAUGUAUUUAAGAUACUUGUUUGCAAGUUUUUGAUCAAGGAAUCUUGCUGUACAUCUAAACUGUACACCUAAACUCGCACAUUUUGUGUGUGAGUUUAGGUGUACAGUUUGCAGAUCAACAUUCACUAAGUUGGUGAUUUAAAUGUCAAUCCUUUCCUACACAGAAUAGUCUUGUUAUUACUGAAUAUACAAUAUUAUAAUUUAUGCAGUUUUUUUG